GGAAGGGGAGGCUGAGCGGUAGAGAGGAAGAAGAAGAGGCUCGCGGGCUCAAAACUGGAUAUUUCUACGUGCCAUGCAUGCUCGCUGGUCCAAUGAGUAAACUCUCUGCUACGCGAAGGCACCCGGCGAGGUGAGCGGCGCUUCAGCGAGACGGACUCAACGGUGAUGCUGCCGAGCGGCCGUCCCCUCUGUCUGCGGCCCGCGUUCUCCCGUGAGGCCCAUGUGACCUAGCCUGGGCCCCCCGGGGGUGCCCGCUGCGUGAUCCACCCAUGAAUCCCAGCCACGACCGCGGCAAAGAGUGCCUCCCUCCCAAGAAGAGGGAGUCUCGGCAAGGAUCGGCGGAGCGCCGCGUCCCUCUGGACGAGUUCAAACCCCCGGUGCCGCUCCGGAGUCGGUCCUGCGGAGGAGGAGGAGGAGAAGGAGGAGGAGGGGACGGAGGCAGGGAGGCCGGUGAACGGGCUCUGCUUCACCCAAACCCCCAUCUCCUCCAUACUCCUCCACCCCUUCCGGCUCCAGGCCUCCCCCUGCCCCUGCCAUGGCACGUCAGCUAUUCUCCCUCCGUCUCCCUCCCCCUUUUCCCGGGGCAGGUCGCCGAGCGGAGGGUCUCCGGGUCUCCCGCCGCCUGGAGAGACGAUCCCCUCCCCUCGCCCCUGCCCCACCACUCCAGGUGGCUCCGAGGGGAAGGGCCCCUCUCCUUGCCACCUUCCUCCUCCUGCGCCCCGUCCUCCUCCUUCAAGACUCCCUUCCCGGCCGAUUCCCGAGAGAUAUGGUCCUACAUUAACAGCGGCCGGCGGGACAACAGCUCCUCCCUCUUCUCCCCGUCGUACUUGUUCGGCCACCACUCCCUCUACGCUCAAGAUCCGAGCUUUGCCGAAGCACACAGACACAGAUACCUGGGCAAGAGGCCCAACGGCCUGGAGGGGCCCGGCAGCAGGACUGCCUCCGCCUCCAGGCCCCUGCUCACAGGAGAAUAUGGGAACGACAGGACCAGGCUGGACAUCGGUCCACACAGCUCCCACACCAACGGUGGGCGGAGGCAGCAGGACGAUCUAAUAUCCCGCGUCCACGCCGGAGGGCCAUUUUUGCCAGACUCUCAAGCUCAGGAAGGCCCCGAGCCACAUUCCUCACUGCAGGACAGACAUUUGCAUGGGAUAGUUAAGGCCAGUCCCCAUCCUCUGGGACCGGUCCCCAGGGCAGGCCGAGGGGGACUGUUGGACCCCCUCGGCGUCACACCAGCCGAAGCCCAGAUCUACUACACCUUGGGAUCGGUGUGCCAACCGUGCCCUCAGGUCCAGGCCUACCCGCUCUACAGCCCCUCAGGAACCGCUCUGUACAACCUGCACAGGGAGCCCGGACCCAGGCAGCACACUCUGAGGAACUUGCCGCACUCCCCCCUGGGUCUAGCCAACAGCCACGACAGGUCGCAAAGAGACCGGGACCGAGACCACGAGAGAGACAGAGAGAAACUCAGGGGGAAAGACAAAGAGAAGCCCCCGCAACAGGACAAAGACCCAGUGAGGGACGGCGAGCGCGAGAGACGACGGGAGAGAGACGGAGACGGAGGGAGGGAGCCGUCGCCGCCUCGUCUUCACGCCUCGCCGCCGGGCCUUCAGCCGCCUCCCCCCGAGCUCCUACCUCACUUCAGCAAGGGUUCUCUGAUCGAGUUGGCCAGCGGUCGGUUGAAGCGGGUGGAGGAGCUGCGGACCGAGGACUUCCUGAGGAGCGCCGACACCUCCCCGGAGUUCCACCUCAGCACCUGCACCGUGCUGCUGAUUUCCCCCGGCGGCGCGCAAGGCUUCAGCCACCUGCAGGUCCACCUCAAGGACCGCAACACUCAGGAGCUCCUGAAGGUCUUGGUGGAGUACCCGUUCUUCGUGCAGGACCGAGGCUGGUCUUCUUGCUGCCCCCAGAGAACCACGCAGCUGUACGGCCUGCAAUGCCGCCAGCUCAUGGAGGGGGACGUCUGCCUGGCUCUCACCCCCGCCCCCACCCCCACCCCCGCCCAAACCCACCGGACACAAACGCGCGUCGGCCCCAGGGCCCAACGCACGCAACUCCUCCCCUCGCGGGCUGCGGGAGAGACCGGCAACUCGCACAGGGAGGAGAUGCCGCCUCCUCCUCCUCCGCCCCCUCUUCCUCACCACCCACCUCCUGCCGCGCCGGCCCCUCCUCCUCUUCCUCCUCCUCCUCCUCCUCCUCCGCGUGCUCCGGCCGUCAAGCCUCCCGCCCCGGAGGAGCGGCCGCGUCCACGCAAACGGCGCUGGUCUGCCCCGGAUACCCUCCCCUCAACUGGAACUGAUGACAGCCUCCGGGAUUUACCUCACGGCUGCAAGCUAAUGAAGUGGCAGUAGAAAUCUUUUGCAAAUGCAUACGUGUACAUGCAUAUUUACACACACACACACACACACACACACACACACACACACCCUCCUUGUCUCUGAUGCACCCACCAAGACAAACAAUGGAGAGACCUCAAGGUAGGGUUGCAGGGAAGGAUUUUUUUUUUAAACAAUAGAAAAACGCAAUUUACGGGUGUCCGCAAAAUAUGAUUCUAGUCUGGCCCUAGUUGUAUCCUCCUUUCCUUUCCUUCCUUCUCCUUUCCUUCCCUCAACCUUACUCAGAACAGCCCUGCGAGGAGCAGCCGCUGAAGGACCUCCGGACGGCUCCUCACAGACACACUGAAGACGUUUAGUGAGACAAUCAAGCACCUGUCUGUGGUCACUCUGGGUUUUUUGUAACGUCGUCCCGCCCACUGACUGACGGUGUUUUCUGCAGGGUAUCGAAUUUCAAUCAGUGUUAUGAAAGUAAACGCUGUUGAAGAAGUGCAGAUAUAUAUGAACAAAAGUCAACUAUAUAUAUAUAUUACAUUACAGAUGUUAUCUACAGUAAAUAUGCUAAACAGAUCUAAUGCAAUCUCUCUGUCGAUUCUUUCGCAAAUGCAUUUCUUUCUCUUUUUUUUAUUGGAUUUUUCUCUUGCUUCUGAGCCCAAGGUGAAUGUAUGAGCAACUCGUCGCCUUUUAAACAAGCGGAUCGUUGGUCAAGGCAUUACCCUCCAAUGUGUUCUUAACAUUAUCUCGGAGAAAAGUGAGAACACUAAUGAAAACUGAGCCGCGGCGCCUCGACACUUGCGGCGUUUUCUCCAUUAAAAACUGAAUGAUGGAAAGAGUGGAAAAAAAAGAAGAAAAAGUGCAGCACGGCUGAGGAGUGAUGGUGCUAAUGACACGUUGGAACAUGAUGCUUUGUGAAUACUCUUGACUUGACCCCCCCCCCCCCCCCUCGUGUACCGCACGCUUCUGUUCCCAUAUCGUUUAUUUUUACGUACUGUAUUUGUUUUGAAGGUGGGAAAAAUGAUGAAAGUAUUUUAAACUCAGAUACGGGUAUCUCCUCUGAUUCAGCACACAAUCUCACUUUAGUUCUAUGUGUUUAUUUUGUUGUAUUUUAUUUUCAAAAAGACAUGUACCUUUUACCUGUUGAUUUUUUUUCUUUCUUUUUUUUAAAAUGUUAUAGCUAAAAAAAAAUUAUAUUUUUAAAAAAUUGUGAAUCUGUUGAUGUUCGCUAGAAUUAAAAAGGAAAAAAAGCUUUAUAGAUUUAA